AUGCGCGACCUCGAGGCCCUCGACCUCAACGCGGCAGGUGGCCACAACGGGACGCGCGCCCCUAUCGAGGGCGUCCUCGACAGCCACGCGCGCAACCUCAACCUUAUCGAACCACAAGAACGGGCCAACGUGCAGCUGAGCAAGAAAACUGCUCAGCUGCAUCAGAUGAUCCAAAGAGCGACGGCCUACGGGACGAUGGUGGUCGAGGAGAUAGGGAAGGCGGCAGAAGGCUGUAGAACCAAAAGAAACAGGGUCCUGGAAGUCCACGCGAUGGUCCAGGGAUUCCACAGUCGCAUGCUGGAAAUGCUGGAACCCCUGGGACAAGUGAAUGGCCACCUGUAACACAUCAUCACAUCGUCACAUCGUCUCGCGUACAA